GCCCCCGCUCCGGGUGACGGGAGCGGAGCGGGGCACGGCGGGCAGCGGUGCCGCCGCCGCCACCGCCACCAUGUCCGGGCGCGGCCACAACAAGCUGCCGACCACCGAGCGCAUCGUCAAGGCUGUGCCAUUCCCUCCCACGCAGCGGCUCACCCUCAAGGAGGUGUUUGAGGAUGGCAAACCCAGGCUGGACGUCCUCAAGAGCCACCUGGUGAAGGAGGGCAGGCUGGAGGAGGACGCGGCGCUGAAAAUCAUCAACGACGGCGCCGCCAUCCUGAGGCACGAGAAAACCAUGAUCGAGGUGGAGGCUCCCAUCACAGUGUGUGGUGACAUCCAUGGGCAGUUCUUUGACCUGAUGAAGCUCUUUGAAGUGGGAGGAUCACCCAAUAACACCCGCUACCUCUUCCUGGGGGACUACGUGGACAGAGGCUACUUCAGUAUAGAGUGCGUGCUGUAUUUAUGGAGUUUAAAGAUAAAUCAUCCCAAAACGUUGUUCCUCCUUCGAGGGAACCACGAGUGCAGGCACCUCACAGAGUACUUCACCUUCAAGCAGGAAUGUCGAAUCAAGUACUCGGAGCGAGUGUACGACGCGUGCAUGGACACCUUCGACUGUCUUCCUCUUGCUGCCCUCCUCAACCAGCAAUUCCUGUGUGUCCACGGGGGCCUGUCUCCAGAAAUCACGUGUCUAGAUGACAUUAGGAAAUUAGACAGGUUCAAGGAGCCUCCAGCCUUUGGUCCGAUGUGUGACCUGCUGUGGUCAGAUCCCUCGGAGGAUUACGGCAACGAGAAAACCCUGGAGCACUUUGCCCACAACACUGUCCGAGGCUGCUCCUAUUUCUACAGUUAUCCUGCAGUGUGUGAAUUUUUGCAGAACAAUAGUUUGUUAUCCGUAAUCCGAGCUCACGAAGCCCAGGACGCCGGGUAUCGAAUGUACAGGAAGAGCCAGACCACGGGCUUUCCCUCGUUAAUCACAAUCUUCUCUGCACCAAAUUACUUAGAUGUCUAUAACAACAAGGCUGCUGUACUGAAAUAUGAAAACAACGUCAUGAACAUCAGGCAGUUCAACUGUUCCCCUCACCCCUACUGGCUUCCAAACUUCAUGGAUGUCUUCACAUGGUCCUUGCCUUUUGUAGGGGAAAAGGUCACCGAGAUGCUCGUGAACAUCCUCAACAUCUGCUCCGACGACGAGCUGAUCUCGGAUGGCGACGAGACCUUGGAAGAUCACUACAUUUCAAGCUAUCCGAAAGGUGGGACAACGGUGCGCAAGGAGAUCAUCAGGAAUAAGAUCAGAGCCAUUGGGAAGAUGGCACGGGUCUUCUCAGUCCUUCGGGAGGAGAGUGAGAGCGUGCUGACCCUCAAAGGCCUGACCCCCACAGGUACCCUGCCCCUGGGAGUGCUCUCGGGGGGGAGGCAGACCCUGCAGACCGCCACAGUAGAAGCGGUAGAGGCACGGGAAGGUAUGGCUAGAACCCGGCGAGAGACUCAAAUCAUCUCCGUGUCCAUCCGCGGCUUCUCCCCGCAGCACAAGAUCCGCAGCUUCGAGGAGGCGCGGGGGCUGGACCGCAUCAACGAGCGCAUGCCGCCGCGCAAGGAUUCGCUGCACGCGGACGGCCCCGUGAACUUGGUAACCUCGAACUCUGCGGACAAGAACGGCACGGGCAAGAAACCCCAGUAACGCCAGAGGAUCCAAAACGUCAUGAAUUUUAUUUAUUUAUUAGCGGGGUGGGGUGGGGGCAGGGGGAGAAAACCGGCUUCACCUGGAGGCACGUCCAUAAAUCCAGUCCGCAUCCGUUCUGUGAGAAAGCGACCAUUUUGUAAUUUUUUUUUUUUUUUUUAAUUUAUGUUCAAUAUAUAUGAAAAUGUCUUUUUUUUUUUUUUCUUUUUUUUUUUUUUUUUUUUUUUGAGUUAGAAACCAAUCCAACUGCUAGAGCAUCCCGGGAGUGUUGUGCUGUCCAGCUGCCCUCCCCGAGAGGCCAAACCUCUGCUGGGGGGUGUUGGAUUAAAAAUCAAAAAUCAGUCAAACCAGGCAACUUGGGUCGUUGGCUUUGGCACAAUUUGGACUUAGCCUGAGCUUUCCACAGCAGGUCCUUCCCUUCAGGAUACGGUUGGGUUGGUUUUCCUUUACACACCUGUUUUCUUCCCCAGAUUUUUCCUGUUCUUUUUUUCCACCUCUUGCCUACCUGCAGCUGCUGCUUUAGCAACCAAUUCCCUGGAAGGCAGAUUGCUGGGAUCCAUCCCUCUUUUCCAAGGUGACAGCCAGGGGCAGCUCCAGGGUUGUUAACACCAAUCACAGCACCUUUUCCUUCAGGAUUUCAACUUUAUCCCAAAGGAAAAUCGGGAGAAGGUGGGGGAAGUGCUGCCCCUUGUUGUGGCUCUUCCUCUUGGAGCAGUCAGUUUGUGCAGCAGAAUUCUCUUGGGAAUCCCUCUGAUUCAGAGCAGAGGAAUUAUCUCUGCUGUCUGAUGAUCCCUGGGAAAGCUGCAGGGCAAAGUUUUAAAGGAAAAGGGGGGUGAUUUACACCCUGCAAGCUUCAGCUCCCCCAUUCCCCCACCAGCACAGCUGCCCAGCCCAUGGCACAUUCCCUGCUCCCCUCUCUGCAGUCAGCCCUUGCUGAGCAGUUUGGGGUGUUGGGGACAGGGUGGUCACCCCAGUGUCACCCCCCUGCCCCCCCAGGGUGUGUGGCUUUGGGCGUCACCCACCCUUGGCUGUUCCAGAGGAGCCAUGGGCAGCUCUGCCUUUCCCAGCAGCUGGAGCAGGGGAUGGCUGAUAAAAGUUUGAGAUAAGAUUUGGGCACUGCUGGUUCUGGGAGAUGUGGCUGGGUGCUGGUGACAGGACAGCCCCUGGACUGGGGGAGCAGGGAGGGCUUGGAAGGCAGAACCCGAGUGGAUGUGGCAGGAAUUUUGGCAGGGAGUUCUGGACAGGGAUCCUGGGGGUUCCCAGGGGACAGCCCUGGGUGUGGGGUGAGGGAUUUUGGAGCGGGAGCUGAGCAUUCUGUCACUCUGAGCAUUCUUCACUUACACUGGGAGUGCUGGGGAAGGGUUUUGUGGGAUUCCUGUUGGUCUCUUCCAGUGAGAGCUGUGCAGGGUUUUGUGGGGUUCCUGUUGGUCACUUCCCACAUGAGCUGUGCAGGGUUUUUUGGGAUUCCCUUUGGUCACUUCCCUGUGAGCUGUGAAGGGUUUUAUGGGAUUCUCAUUGAUGACUUCCCUGUGAGCUGUGAAGGCUUUUAUGGGAUUCCAGUUGGUCACUUCCCUGUGAGCUGUGCAGGAUUUUGUGGGAUUCUUGCUGGUGACUUCCCACAUGAGCUGUGAAAGAUUUUGUAGGGUUCCAGUUGGUGAGUUCCCCUGUGUUUUAUGGGAUUCCCAUUGCUCAGUUCCCAUGUGUAUUACGGGAUUCCCAUUUGUCAAUUCCCAUGUGUUUUAUGGGAUUCACAUGUGUUUUAUGGGAUUCCCAUUUGUCAAUUCCCAGGUGUAUUAUGGGAUUCCCAUUGCUCAGUUCCCAGGUGUAUUAUGGGAUUCCCAUUGCUCAGUUCCCAAUGUGUAUUAUGGGAUUCCCAUUGGUCAGUUCCCUGUGAGCUGUGAAGGUUUUUAUGGGAUUCCUGUUGGUCAGUUCCCGUGUGUUUUAUGGGAUUCCCAUUGCUCAGUUCCCAUGUGUGUUCUGGGGUUCCCAUUGCUCAAUUCCCAUGUGUUUUAUGGGAUUCCCAUGUGUUUUAUGGGAUUCCCAUUGGUCAGUUCCCUGUGAGCUGUGAAGGUUUUUCUGGGGUUCCCAUUGCUCAGUUCCCAUGUGUUUUUUUGGGAUUCCCAUGUGUUUUAUGGGAUUCCCAUUGGUCCCUUCCCUUCCCAGCCGUGCCCAUUGCCUGCAGCUGAGGCAGCAGCUCCUGGAGCACUCCCCUCUCCAUCUUUCCCCGUCCCCCUUCUCCCGAGCUCUCUGCAGGCAGGGCUGAGCCUCUCCAGGGGAUCUUUGCCAAGGCUUUCCCUGCUUGUUGCCGUCUUCCCUCGGCAGUUCCAGCGCCAGAGGAAAAACAGCAACUUCCCAGGAAGCUUUCAAAUUGUCUUAGCAUCAGACGUCACAUAAUCCCACGGGGCUCUUUAGGAUUCUGUGAGCAGACCGCUGGGUUUCCACACUUUUCAGUCACAUGCCUCCACUUUCCCCUCUUUUUUUUUUUUUUUUUUUUUGUUUCUUUUUCUUUUUUUGGUUUGUUUUUUCUUUAUUUUUUUUCCCUUUGAUCCCUUUUUAUUUUCCACGCCCACCGCUUUGCGAGAUGUUUGCAGCGAGCUUCUCUCCCCCCAGUCCGAGGAGUGGGGCCAAAUUGCCUUUUGUCUGUGAGUAUUUCUUUGUCCUUUCAGGGCCUCCUGUGAGCGGUGAGCCCGUGUGUGGUGCCCAGGGCUGCCCGUGCAUGUUCGGGCGUGUUGUGCUGACCCAGGCUGGGAUCUCACCCAAGCCAGCCAGGUUUUAGUCGGGAUAUUUGGGAUGGGAAUUGCGGGACCCCGAGCCUGGCACCCCCCCCUGUUCCCACCGUGGGGGGGGUCAGCAGGGCCCUGCCCAUCACACAGGGGGAUUUGCUUUGCUGGACAGUUUGUCCCCCCCACCCUCUUCUCCUGCUCUGGCAUCACCAAUUCCUCCUCCUCACAAUCUUUUUGGACUUUGUGCUUCGUGGUUUGGGCGCUCAGAUCCAACCCCCUGAUGAUGCUUGGGGCUGGUGGAACUGCAGCUUCCCAGUGUCCCAGCUCUGGAAAAGGGCUGGAUCUUCAUUGUCCUGGCCCUGGAGAACGUGGCCAAGGGGUGGAAUUUUUAUCCCCCCUUAUCCCUAGAGCUGCACUGUGCCACCCUGGAGAUGGUGGCCAAGGGCCACCUGGGUGUUGUCCCUAUGUCCCUGUGGCCCCCACACGUGUGGCUGUCACACUGCCAGCUCCCCUGUUCCCUUUGAAGCACUUCCCGAGGGGGUGAGGAGCAGCGAUGGGGCUCUGGGUGCUAAUUACCCCCUCAAUUAAUUAACGCCCCCUCUCCAUGCCGGGCUGCCCCUGCCACCGCCCCCAGCCAAGAUCCCCCCUCCCCUCUUUUGGGGACGACUUGGGAGCAGAAUUCCCUGCCCCGAUCCCCACCACGGCAAACCAAAAAAAAAAAACAAAAAAAAAACCAAUCCAGAAACGCCCCCAAACUCCCCCUUUUCCUCCUUUUCCCCCCAAAUCCCAAAUCCAGCGCCUCGGGGCUGGGCUUGUCUCUGACCCCUCCUCUCCGAGCUCCCGCCCGUCCCUUCCCCUCCCCGGCUGCCACCUGGAGCUUGGACAUCCGGGAUUGAGGGGACCCCCCCGGCCCGAGGGAGCCCCCAAAUCCAGGGAACGCCCCCACCUCCCCGCAGCCUGGGUUUUUUUGCAUGUUCUAGCAAGGUGCAUGUCCAAGGAGGGGAGUCGGCAAUGGGGCGGGUGGUGGGUUGAGUUCAAGCUUAAUUUUCUUUUUUUGGGAUUGGGAGAACCCCUCUGGCUGCCUCUGGCACGGAUCCCACCUGGCCAGGGGAGCUGGCAGGGAUGCAGAUCCCACCAAACCUCGGCCAGGGAGGACCUGAAGCCCUCCAGGGGUGCAGUGAUGGUGAUUUUAGGGUUCUCGAUGCUGAAGGAUCAUACGCCCGUUGCCUGGAGACUGCCUCCUUUUUAAUUUUUAUUUUUAUUUCCUGCUUUUUUUUUUUUUUUUUUUUUUUAGUUCUGUUGAAAGGAGAAAAAAAAUGGUGAAAAUGUUAUUUAUUGGCAGAAAUUAUUUAAUAUAAUUUCUUCUUUUUUUUUUUUUUUGUGAAACAAGGAAUGAAUUUGUUAGAACUGUCUCGAUGUAAAUCGGAGUCAUCUUUAAGGAGGAAAAAAAAAAGAAAAAAAAAGUUAAAAAUUGACACA